AAAUAUAAAUACUGACUAAACAGUAUUCUGUAUUGACUGUUGUGCAACAACUAUUGCUGAUUGCAUAAAUAAAUUUAAAUUAUUUUCAUAAAUUACACAAAUAGUUUUAAUCUACGUUAUUAUCGGCACAACUUGAAAUUUGUUCUUUCAUUUAUACAAUGUAUAAAGGAUGUAUAAAUCAGAUAUGACCGGCUCUAUUUAUGGUUUAAUCCGACUCAGGAAAUACUUAAAGUAUGUAUUUGUAAUAACGUUAUGGCUGAUGUACUACUUUGGCGUGUUCACUCAUUUUUUUGAGUUGGAUUAUUACAAGCACUUUGCGUAUCCGUUAGAAACCAAUAUCACAAAGUGUAUUAUUAAUCUAAAAGCGGGCAAAUCCGAUCAACCACCUUGCGAACAAAUCAAUCCAUUCAAGUUUAGUCUAUUGUUGUCGAAUAACAACAAAUGUAAUCAAAACAUACACAUGUUAAUUCUAGUAAAAUCUGCAGUAGCUAACUUUGAACGACGAGCAACUAUUCGUAAAACCUGGGGUUUCGAAAACAGAUUUUCAGAUGUGCCGACAAGAACAGUAUUUGUUUUAGGAAAUACUAAUGAUAUUAGUUUAAAAAAACAAAUUCAAGUUGAACAUGAUAACUAUGGUGAUAUUGUACAGUACAAUUUUAUAGACGAGUAUUAUAACAAUACGAUCAAGACACUUGGUGCGAUUACGUGGGCAUCAACAUACUGUAAAAACUCUAGUUUCUACUUUUUCUCAGAUGACGAUAUGUAUGUAUCUGUAAAAAAUUUAUUUCGUUACUUGCGAAAUCCAAUUGAAUAUCCUAACUAUUUAAGUAAUGAAAUUAAAGGAAUACAAUCAAAUCAUAAAUUAUCAACUGAAAUAAUUCUAUUUACUGGUUACGUCUUUAACUCGUCACCAUUGAGGCAUCAAAUAAGUAAAUGGUACGUUUCGAUAUCUGAAUAUCCAUAUCACAUGUGGCCUCCUUACGUAACAGCCGGUGCAUUUGUAUUGUCUCAAGCGGCUCUAAUUGAAUUUCAUUAUGGAAGUUUGUAUACGAAACGAUUUCGUUUUGACGAUAUUUAUUUAGGAUUGGUUGCGAAAAAAUUAAAUAUAAAUCCACUUCAUUGUAAGCAUAUUUAUUUCUAUAAAAAAGAUUACUCCGUCAGUGAUUAUAAAUAUGUAAUUGCUAGUCAUGGUUACGGCGACAGCGAAGAAUUACUUAAUAUUUGGUUGGAACAAAAAAGUUCUGGAAAUGCUUAAGACUUUUUAUUAAAAUUGUAAAAUUCUCAUUUAUUUUGUAUUUUUAUGUGAUAUUGUAUAAAGGUAAGUUCGUAAAUAUAUUUUCAAAUACUAUACAAAUUUCAAAAACAUGAAUCUGUAUUUAUAAUAUUGUUUAAUGUUUUAAUUAUAAAGAUAAUAAUUAUUAUAUUUC